AUGGUGGUAGGGGAGUCGAUGGUGAAGCGGUGGGAUAUUGCAGAGAAGGGGACAGCGUGGGCUAAGCGAAAGAAGGUGGCGACGAGGGCAGCAUUGGGUGGCAAAGGGUGGAGGGAGGUCAAAGAAGGAGAUUUAGUAAAGGGACUGAAAAGUAAAGAUGCUACGCGAAGAAAUGGUGCUGGAGGUGGGAAGAAAGCAGUGACCUGUCCCUCAGUCUGGUUAGUACUCCAUGCUGUCAGGCAGCAAAGCUUACAGUUGUUCACUAAUUAUGACGAUUCACCAGGGCCUCUUUCCUCCUUUCUGCUCACUCGUAUGGGUCCAAACCCCCACAAAGUGGGAGGAACUGAGGAAGUCAACUGA